CAUGCACUUUCUCUCUUUCCUCCCUUUCUUGCUCAACUUUUCGGUGCAGAAUUCGGUAUCUUUCAAUACCUUUUACCAAACGAAGUAGGAUCGGAACCAUAUUCAACCAACACCGAGAUCUUCAAAAGCUUCAAAGCAAGAGGGACAGAAAAAAAAAAAAAAAGAAGAGACUCGUUUCCCACGUGGGUUGGUUGGAUUUGGAGAGAUCAUUGCAUCGAUUUCAAUGCAAAACGAAGGUGGGUCCGUUAACGAAUCACAAACAAAGACAAAACAGUAAACAUUAAACUAAUGUUGUAACACUACCCAUGCUCUGUUACCUAAAGACCUUUGACAAAACGUCUCACUUUUCUUCAACGCACUGUCAAUCUUUCCUCCCUCUCACUUCCUUGUUUCCUGGAUCUUUCACUUUCGACCAACUGGGUUCUUCUUAUUCUCUAGAAAGCUGUCCAAAGCUGUCAUUUGUUUUUCUUCUAGAAAAAAAAUGGUGGUAGUGGCACUGAAGUGAGAGAGUUCAGGUUUUUGUUGAUGUAAGAAAUAUGCAGAAGUUGAUAAUGCAAGGAAGGUCUUUGGAGGAGACUCCAACUUACACUGUUGCUUCUGUCAUUACAGUUUUGGUUUUUGUUUGUUUUUUGGUUGAACGGUCCAUUUAUAGAUUUGGAAAGUGGUUAAAGAAGACGAGGAGGAAAGCUUUGUUUGCUUCUUUGGAGAAGAUUAAGGAAGAGUUGAUGCUGCUUGGUCUUUUAUCUUUGUUGUUGGCACAAUGGGCACGACGGAUAUCCGAGAUUUGUGUAAAUUCAUCUCUUUUCAUCAGCCGAUUCUAUGUUUGCUCAGAGAUGGAUUAUGGCAUAAAUAAGAAUUGGUUGUUUGAAAGUGCUUCCUCUUUCCCAAAUGAGACUGCUAUUCCUCCUAAAGGACUAAAUACUCGUCUAUCACAUCAAUGUGGUGAGGGCCGCGAACCAUUCGUAUCAUUAGAAGGUCUUGAGCAACUCCACCGGUUUUUGUUUGUUCUAGGCAUCACUCAUGUCCUCUACAGUUUUGUGGCAGUUGGCCUGGCUAUGAGCAAGAUUUAUAGUUGGAGAAAAUGGGAAAACCAAGCCAGCUUCAUAGCUGACGAAAGCUUGCAAGCAAAGAGAAACAAAGUGAUGAGGCGACAAUCUACCUUUGUUUUCCAUCACACAUCUCAUCCAUGGAGCAGGAGUCGAAUUCUCAUUUGGAUGCUUUGCUUUCUUCGACAAUUUAAGAGCUCUAUAAGGAAGUCAGAUUACCUUGCACUGCGUCUGGGUUUCAUUACUAAGCACAACCUACCACUUUCUUAUAAUUUCCAUAAAUAUAUGGUUAGAAGCAUGGAAGAUGAGUUUCAUGGCAUUCUUGGUAUUAGCUGGCCACUUUGGGGAUAUGCCAUAGCUUGCAUCUUUGUAAAUAUUCAUGGACUGAAUAUUUACUUCUGGCUCUCUUUCAUCCCUGCUAUUCUUGUGAUGGUAGUUGGGACAAAGCUUCAGCAUGUUGUUUCCUCAUUAGCACUUGAAAUUAAGGAACAAACUGGUCCACCUAUUGGAGCCCAAGUCAAACCACGUGAUGAUUUGUUCUGGUUUGGAAAACCAGAGAUAUUACUCAAGUUGAUACAGUUUAUCAUUUUUCAGAAUGCCUUUGAGAUGGCAACCUUUAUCUGGUCAUUGUGGGGACUUAAUCAGAGGUCGUGCUUCAUGGAAAAUCAUCUUAUGAUAGUCAUUCGAUUGGUUUCUGGGGUUCUUAUUCAGUUCUGGUGUAGCUAUAUCACAGUGCCUUUGAAUGUAAUUGUUACACAGAUGGGAUCCCGAUGUAAGAAAGCCUUAGUUUCUGAGAGUGUAAGAGAAUCACUUCAUGGUUGGUGUAAAAGAGUAAAAGAGAAGUCUAAACGUGAAUCUGUGCACUACCAUACUGCAAGAUCUGUUUGUUCGCUUGAAUCAGUAAUUGAUGAUGAAAAGGACGAAAUCACAGUUGCUUCUGGCACUUUAUCAAGAAGCUCCUCCAUGGAGUCACUAAAUCAGGUAACUAUAACAUCCUCGGAACAGGCGGAGGCCAUUCUCGGAACUUCCAACCCUGCUGAAGGUGAAUUCUCAUCACGGGUGGCGGAGUAUUUAUCCGAGUCUAUAACAAUUAAUGCAUCACAGCCUCUGGGUAUUGACGAAGAACACAAUGAAGGCAUUGCGGAAGAAGGGAAGGUCAUCGACACUCUGUAUGACUUGUUUCAAAGAACCUGA